UUAAAAAUGUCAGCCAAAUGUUGUGUAUGUACAGAUGAAUUUUCUGGCAUUGAUGACCUCGAAGCUCAUAUUUCUGCUGAUCAUUACAAUUGUUUGCCUUUUGAAUGUGAAAAAUGCAAAUUUGCGAAAUUUCCGACUGAAUUUGCUAUUAAACGGCAUUAUGAAGAAGAUCAUGGUCUGGUGGAAUAUUUUAUUCGUUAUCGAGUCAGUCGAGAAAUUUAUGAAAAGAAGCAAAAGAUUCGUGAAUGUUUAGAAAGAUGUCUCCGUGUGUCUGAUGGUGGUUCUGGACAAGUUGGACUAGCCAAGUUCCGAAGCAUUGUUGGUGGUGAUUAUUCUUCCAUCACUUCACAACAGUCAUCAAAUACUUCCAAUUCUCACUAUCAUAAUCGACAAAUGCAUGAUGCUGAAUUCAUGUCACCAUCUUCUAAAAUAAGAGGACCGAAUGAACAUUUUCAACAACAUGGAGGCCCUCUAAUUUCUAGUUCACCUGGAGAUAUUCGUCAUCCACACCAGCCUGAUUUUGGAAUUGGAGGAACUGCAACCGAUGCAGGUUAUGAAUCAAUUGCUGGUACAAAUCUAAUUGGAAAUUUGCUUGAGCAAAUGAAGCCUGAUGUUGAUCAGCCCUCUAUCUCCAACUUUGAUCAAAUUUAUUCUCCUGAUGUUUCUACUGCAACGAAUGAUGGACAUAGAGUAAUUGAGAAAUUUGUUGCGACCCAGCAAUCAAAUCAAGAACAGAUCGCUCUCUUAAAUCAGAAACAAUUGACAAUUAAUUCUGGUGCUGCUAAAAAGCAAAAUGUUUCAGUCCAGCCAGCCUCUUCCUCCAGCUCUAUUAUUGUUACUAAUGCUGCAAAUGUGAGCCGGUCAGCUAAUUGGACUAUGAAUACGGCUCGUCCAACUCCACCAGAAUUACAAUGUCAGGCUUGCCAGCGUAUGGUCGUUAGCCGAAGUACCUCUCUCAUGUAUCACGUAAAUGUGAAGCAUUUAAAACUUGCAAUGUUUAAAUGUCGGCACUGCGGCGAGGAAUUUCUUUGGAACAAAUCUGCGGCAAUUCGGCAUGCUCAACGUCAUGGUGGAGAUGAGAACAUGAUUGAAAAUAAUACAGAACGUCACUUCCCAACAUUGAAUCGUCAUAAACGUGAAUAUUUUAAUUUGGGUCGCAGCACAACUAAUUGGCGUGAAGAUUCUCCAUCUUCACAAUUUUUGGAAGAAGGAAGGAUUGAUGAUGAGGUUAGUGAAAAGCAUGCAAAAUUGGAAUUGGAAACAUCUGAACUUGUCUUGAAUAUGAAAGAGGAACAAGAAGAUUCUGCAACAGGCGAGUCAAAUAGUGGUGGAACUGAAACAUCUGUUAGUGCUGUUGACGAAGGUAAAAAUUAA